CUCGUCUUUUGGCAACACCGAAAGGCCAGGUUUGAUUUGGUGUGGAAUGCGCAGCCCUCAGCUCUCCUCCCACCACGUUUCUGCAGCGGGGUCUUCUAGCAAAAGAGAAACAGCGACUGAGGCUAAAAGGGCUUGAAAUAUGGACAGGGGUUUCUCCAUGUUCUGGGGUAGGCGACAGUAUGGACCUGGGUUUUAUGCAGCCAAUUUGCAAAAUGAAAACUAUUGGAGGGACUGUUGGGAUUGGCAACAGAACAACAACCAUCGCCCAGAUAUGCCACCUGGGUGGGUACAUCGUGGCAAACCUCACAACUACAACGUUGCUUACCGAGGCCGUGGUUGGAAUCAUUCUCGGGGAUAUUUCAAUGGGGCAUAUUCCAGCCGAGGCCAUCAUAGAGGAGCUAAAAGCAGAUCUUCAAAAGGAAAAGGUCAUUCUAAAAACUCACCCCGUUCCUCGUGCUUAAUCAAUAUGACGCCAAAUAAAAAGGGAAAUAAUUUUGAAAAAACGGGAGGACCAUCAGCAACACCGAAGUCUAAACAAGGGCAGGAGAAUUCAGCAAGUUUGGUGAAAGAAACUGACACGUCCAAGGUGGAUCAGAAGUCCAGCAUAACCAUCAUGUCGCCAAAGGAUUUCAGUUUUCAUUUGCACUCUGUUUCCUCGACAUGCCCACAGAGCAAACAGGAAGUGCCGUCAAAGGAAAAAGAAGAAAUUGAGGUCAAGUUGGAAGACAAUCAGACCUCUGAAGACCCUCCCAGCCAGACUGCUCCUUUGUCACCUGUGCAUGCUCCAUCCAAGACAGAAGGUCUUCCAGCCACAGUAAAGGAACAGCCUGUGGUGGUGGAGUUGAAAGAUAGGCAGGCAGCUGAACAACCUCCCAGCCAGGCCUUAUCUUUUCCAUCUGCUGAAGCAUCUAUAGAAGACCCGUCACCACUUGUGACCACAGAAGGCAUUCAUACUACAAAAAAGGAACUGUCUGUAUUGUUGGAAGCCAUCCCACCCGAAGACCAUUUCAGCCAUAUUGGCUCACCUCCCGCUGUAGAAAUACCAUUCCUUUCUGAGACCACAAAUGAUAAUCAUUCAGAGGGAAAGGAAGACAUCGAACUGACCCAAAUCACCAGCCGUCUUGAGGAUGAACACCUCAAUCAGUCUUGUGCUGUGCUAGCUACUAGCUCCCCCAACCUCCCAAGUACCCUGAGUGAUGUUCGUGUUGUGCCUGUGCUGGUGAGAGAGAAAAAAUAUGAAAAGGUUGAAAAUAUAUGGGCACCUGAAGAUCGUCAGGCGCCACCCUGCAACGUGAAUGAAGUUGGGGAGUGUCACAGAAUCUCGGAAAAUGACAGUGACUUGGUGCUGUCUCAGUCCCCAGAUCAUAGUCUCAUUUCCUGUGAUCAAAAAAGUGAUACUGAAAGAUGGCUGGAAUACUGUUCUUGUUCACCAAAGAACCAACACAGCAGUGAUUCGAGGCAUUCUAGUGCAAAUUGGACCUCAAGAGAGUUGCGUAUUCAGCGUUCAAGAUCCCCUUACAGACGAGAGCGAUCCCAUGGAAGCAGCAGCUGGUCCCCUCCACAAAAGGGCCAACACAGCAGUGAUUCACAGCAUUCUAGAGCAAGCUAUGCCUCAAGGGAACUGCAUAUUCAGCAUUCGAGAUCGCCUCACAGACGAGAACGAUCCCAUGGAAGCAGUGACUUGUUCCCUUGGAGGAGAGAGUACUCCAGCUUCUGUCACUGUGGAUAUUGCUACAAUCCACACCAAAAUAAUUUCUACGAGAGAGAUUCCCCUCCCUCUUAUUUGGUUCAGAAAAGAAGUCAUCGCUAUUCCCCAGGAGAAAGAAGUGAAUUGUACGAAGCACCACAUUCCUACAAUCGUGAGAGCCCCAGAGAGACUCCCCUCCUGGCCUGUAAAAUGAAAUCCAAUUCACAGAAGUUAAAGAAAAAAAUAUCAUCCUCUCGGAAAACUGAAAAGAAGAAGGCGGCAACAGCAAUAUCAAAGAAAGCAAGAAAAUCUACCAAGACAAAGAAGAAAACCAUAGGGGACCGAGCUGGUGGUGCACCAAUCUCAUCAGAGACUGCACAGAAGUUACGGCCUGUGGAAACAGAAUUGACUGACCCGAUCCAGGCUGCAACCUGCAGUGAGGACGCAGACCCCACUCAUUCCCUGUGUGUUGGAGACAAAGAUGGCUUUUCAUCAUCCUCAAGGACUUCUGAGGACCGUUCUGCAGCUGUACUAGCAAGAAAGGAAGAGAUAGAGCAGGCCUAUCAGCGAGUCCUCCUCAACUUUGCAGUGGUGAGUUUCAUGCUGUUGGAAACAAAGCCAUGCAUGGAGGAGGCAAUGGAAGCAGCACUACGGGCCAACUUGAGAAGGAUCGGGAACCACUAUGAAUGCAUGCUGAAGGAUUUCAUUGACAGCUAUGACUUGGCCAGUGCCAUCUAAUAGGAUGAUCUGACUAGUCCAAGGCA